ACUUUCCUGAGGAGGUCUCGGGGCUUCGGGACUCAAGAUGAGCGGCUCCACCAUCGCCGUCAUUGGAGGGGGGAUUUCGGGUCUCGCCAGCGCCUUCUACGCCGUACGUGCAGGCAGCGUCGUGAAGAAGGUGGUGCUGCUGGAGGCUGGGCCCGCGCUGGGGGGCUGGGUGCGAUCGUCGCGCUCCCCACACGGGGCGGUGAGCGAACUCGGCCCGCGGAGCGUGAGGCCCAACGGACUCGUCGGGGGCAACACCCUGCGCAUGCUCUCCGAUCUGGGCCUCUCCGACUCGGUGCUCCCAGUGACACGAGCGUCUCCAGCCGCCAAGAACCGCUUCGUGUUCACGGGGGGCACCCUGCACCCCCUCCCCAACUCGCUGUGGUGA